ACUACUGUGACGAUAUAUUUUAUACCUAUUAUAAUUUAUCUAGAUAAUAGAUUGUGCUUUUAUCAAAAGCUUUUAAUCUUUGUAUCGCCGUUGUUUUAUAGCAUUUAUUGAAGGUAUAUUACACUUUUCGGACAAUGAUACCGCUUACAAAACAUUAUCUAAAUGGAAACCUUUUAGAUGUGCUUUAUGCGUACCUUAUUUAACCAAACGACGUGGAUCCCUUUGAUUCAUUCUCACUUCGCCGCUCACAGGAACGGCACGGUCGUAAAGCGACUGAAAAUGUGGUCUAAAAUUAAGGGCCACGUCUUAGUAUUUUACCGACGAUUCCAACAUACUUGCGAACAUCUGACAGUUCACGGACCAAGUUUUUUCAUGCGGAAAGAUGUGCAUUUUAUAUACAGGUUAAUUUACUUUAUUAUUUACGUCCAUGUGUGGAUUGCUGCCGUAGCCACGAUUCGCAGAUACUACAACCACUACCAAGAGAACACAAUUCGGUUUACGACGAGAACGGAUUAUCUAGAUUGGAACACAACUUUUGCAUCGAUAACCCUUUGUGAAAUACCCAACGUUGACAAAAUAUAUAUGCUUAGCCAGGAAAUCAAUCCUGGAGAUAAAGGUAAGCUUGACCGAUUCAUCGGGGAAAUUGGAUUUUUCAACGGUUUAUGUCACAGUUGUUUUGCUCUCUGCGACAACGAACCUCUCUGUCCCACAGAUUUUGGUCAACUAAGUCUGGCUGUUCGUUCAGAAUGCAAAGAUUUGUUAUUAAGCUGCAAAUGGAAUGGAAUACCUUUCGAAUGUUGCAGCAGUUUCCAGCCAAUAAUAACGGAAUACGGCACGUGUUAUUCAAUGAAUAAUGUGCAUGGUCCCAAGAAGUCACCUGUUUACCAAACAUCAAAUAAAGAUAGGCAAGCUUCAAUAGAAAUUGUGGCGUCUCAAGAUUAUGAAGCAUUCCUGCACGCACCAGAAGACAUCCCAUUCUGGAACAUGGAAUACGAUCGGAGGUUGACAGUUCUAUUUGGUGCAGAAGCUAACGUGACAUAUUCUAUAACGAAUGUCGUGAAUGAACCAGAAGUGUCUUUGCUAUCUCCAGAAAUUCGUCAAUGUAGAUUCCCAAAUGAAGUUCCAGAAAAUUAUAUAGCUUAUAAAUACUACAGUUAUUCUGGUUGUAUUAGCCAAUGUCGUAUUGAUGCUCAGUUGGAACUCUGCAACUGCACUCAUCACUUUUCUCCUCAAAUAUACGAGGAACGGUAUUGUGAUUUGGAAGGAUUGAAAUGCCUAUCAAACAACUUUAGAAUAUUAAGAAAACUAAGAGUGCCUGGGAUGAAUGAAACGGGCUUAAUUUGUGACUGUUUACCGUCUUGUGAAGAACCGGAUUUUAACGUGGUUGCUAAAGAUUUUUUUGAGCCUGAAGAAAACGUGAAAGCGAGGAGCGCAAAAUUUUCUUUGAGUAACCGACCCUAUGAACGGAUCACCCGGCAGGUUGCCCGCACGACGCUCGACCUCGUAGUCGCGAUUGGAAACAGCUUCGGUCUCUGCUUUGGCGGUUCUCUAUUAUCUAUAGUUGAAGUUUUUUAUUAUCUUUGCUUUAAGCGAUGGAAGUAUAAGAAUUAAGGGUUUUUGAUAGUCAUGAAACACUUUGUUUGGUGUUAGUUCCCAAAUAAGAAGGCACCAGUUGUUGUUACGGCUAGAUAUUCGACAAACAAAGUUAUAACAGUUUAUAUUUAUUAACUUAUACUGUACACUCACCGAUACCUAAAGCCAACAUAUGUAUUUUAAAUGGGUCAUUCUACUUUUCACGGCAGGUUUUUAUGAUUUCAAAGAACCUUUAAAUUUUAAUAUUCGUAAUGAUUUUUAACUUACACUAACUACUUAAAACUGAACAAGCACAAAUAAACAUCAAUAUUCGACCCUUGUUUUUUUUGAAUUUAUAGCGUGGAGUAUGCAAAUAUACAACUAUGUUACCGUCCCAGCUCUUUUACUCAUAAUGACAAUUUUGUUACUAUAAAUAUAUAUAUAUAUUAAAAUGUGCUUUAUAAAAAUUAAUUUAAACAUUUGAAAAACUACAUCACUUAUAAACAUAAAAAUCAAAUAUUUUCUUUUGGGGACACAAAAACCGACAGUAAAAAGUAGAAUAACCCAAAUACCUGAUUAAAAUUAUCCAAACUAUACUUGAAAUUGAACCAGUAUUAUAAUUAAAUCAUAUUUAUCACAAUAUCUAAUUUCGUUGCGUCUAUUAUUCUACGUACAUUCUUAAUUUGCUUGCGUUGAUAAAUAACUUU